GUAAUUUUUCGGCGCCUAUUAAUGAUAUUUUAGAAAAUGGUGGGCAUAUUUUAGAUGUUGGAUGUGGACCGGGAACAUGGACAUUAGAUAUGGCCACUGAAUAUCCUAAAGCUAAAUUUACCGCAAUUGAUAUGGUUCCUGUAUAUCCGUCAGAAAUUAAGCCUCCCAAUGUAACUUUUAUUCAGUCAAACGUACUCGAAGGCCUCCCAUUUAAAGAUAACGAAUUUGAUUAUGUUCAUAUUCAAAAUGCUGCACUCAAUUUUACUGAAAAGCAAUGGGAUAAAGUAUUGGUAGAAUUAAUACGCGUAUUGAAAGUUGAUGGUUGGUGCGAGCUAUGUGAAUUGGACCCAAAAAUAAUAAAUAUACCUUCAAAGUUUUCACCUUUAUACGAAGCUUUCAUUCAACUAGGCCGUUCUAAAGAUAUAAACUUAGAAAUAGCACCUUCUCUAGGUGAACUCCUAUGUGGCUAUACUCAUUCAAACCAGCUUUCAGAAAUUCAUCAUGACGUACAAACUCUUCUUCAUUAUGAGCAUGGCGCAGGACGUGCUGGAAAAAUUUCUCGUGAAAAUGCUCUAAUGUUCUAUCGUACUAUAGCUCCAAUGAUAUUAAGUAUACUUCAUAUUACACAAGAAGAGUAUGAUUCAAUAUUGGAAAGCGCUGAAGAAGAAUGGGAGAUUAAUGAAU